AUGAGAUGUUCAGCGGGCGUCACAACACGUUCUACAGCACAGGAGCCGCGCGAUUGGGAACCAGCCAACCUUAGCGCGCUUUUGACCCCCGCCUCGGACACUGCUGCCAUACCACUAUCGCCAGACGAGGAGAUUGACUUUUGGGAUAAUAAUGAUGCGUGUACGGCAACGACCAACAUAUUCUCGGAUAGUGAGAUUGCCCAUGGAGUCAACCCCCUCUUAUCUACAGACGAUUUGGGAGCUGGUGCCACCGUCCAAAUCUUACCACAUGCGCGCAGCACAGUCGUGGAAGCCACGCUUUCUUCCGUGGCCCACGACGUCUUCCACAACCUCGGUACGCUACGUCUAGAAUCUAGGGCACUCGAUGGAUCGAUCCAGUACCCGGAAGUGUAUGCGCGAAUCUCCCAGGUAUCACAGGCGUUUGUACAGUUACUCAAGGACGUUGAAUAUGGACAUGCCCCAUUUCUCGAUCUCAAGGAACGUACUUACGCUGAAGUGGAAGAUGCUGACAUAAUAUGCACCAUGUCCUGUUUCCUAAAGCUAUUGACAGGCUAUGAACGAAUCUUUACCUUUUGGCUCGACUUGAUGACCAGCUCCCUCGAAGACGCAGCCCUGAAAGCGACUUUUCGCCACACGAUCACCCACUCAUUACCGACUGUAUCAAUCGGCUCAUUUGUUGCUCCGCCCUGCUAUCUCUCACAGCUUCGCCUCGUUUUGGAUGUUGCCGGCUGCAUGUACGAUGAAUUCCAGAAUAGUCUCAAGCGCUUUGCGAAGGCGCUUGACGAACGUAAUCGAGCAACGUCGAUGGAGCGCAUCUCUUACAUGUCGGACACGACUACAGGGUUGGUGGUAAGCCGCGAAAGAUCGGUCGCUUUGACGAAGCAGAAGGUGCUGGAAUGUUCACGAGAUGAGGGUCUGAAGAAGCGCAUUGAUAUGACGCUUGCACCUAUCUAG